UUAAAAAAGUAAAUGUACGUAGAUAUUUGGGAUAUUAUUUAAUUUUUAAUCUGUGGCCAAAAUCAAGAUUAUUAUCACAAGUCCUUGUAAUCAUGGCUGAAAUAUUAGCCUCACAUGUUUGUAUGUAUCUGUUACAGCUCUGUUACAGCCCCCCACCCCCAUUGUUAUAAAUAAUAUCACUGCAGGAUUCUUGUUAUUUGUAGAUUUACUGACACCAGAGCUUAAUCAAAUAGGCAGGUUAGGUCUGUAAGGAGUUUAGCGCGUCUGAGAGUAAGGGAGGUUAAGGUGCUAAACUCAGGCCGAAGGACAUGGUGACUAUUUAUAUAACUCUGAAAUGAGACCCCCAGCAUGUGUUUCAGUCUGUCAGGCUGCAUGAUCGACUGAUGGACACACAGAAGCUCACUGGCUUUCUCUUUCACUGCUCCGUGUCCUGUGUUUUCCUGAAAGGAUAUUGGUGACAUGGGAAAAUAAUCUCGGCAUUUUCUUGAAUCUCAAGCUUCGCCUUGUCCAGACAGUUUGGACUUUCUGUUUUCCUCCUGUUGGGAAUUGUCUUCUUCGCCUGAUUGACCGCUCCACUGUUUGCUUCUCAACCGUCCUUUCCCUGAUCUCCUCUGACUUUCUCAGUGAGAUUUUGGGCUAUGCUGUCCUCACCUACUGUGAUUCUCCAGCCAUAUGGACUGCCUGUCUAUCCACAGACCACCACAUGCUACCCCAGCAUAGUUCAGGGAGGCCCCUCCCAGGAGGCUGGGCCUGGCAGCGGUGACCCUGCUCUUCCACAGGUCUACGCCCCACCUUCCACUUACCCCCCUCCAGGACAAGGCCCCCCAACAUCUGCAGGUAGACUGCCACCUCUGGACUUCAGCUCUGCACAUCCAGGUUCAGACUACCCUGAACAUCCUCAGCUCAGGGUCUACCAAGGCCCCCAACAUGAGGGGGGGGAGAGCCUGAGCUCUAACACUACGGACGAUGCUCUGGCUGCGGUCACCACCGACCCUCAGUCUCUCAGCGCGUCUGUGUCAUCAGGAGGUGGAGCGGGGAGUGUAAGUGAUGAGGAGGGGGGAGGUAAGACCCAGCCAAAACGCCUCCACGUAUCCAACAUCCCGUUCCGCUUCAGAGACCCAGACCUCCGCCAGAUGUUUGGGCAAUUUGGGAAGAUCCUUGAUGUAGAAAUUAUAUUCAAUGAGAGAGGAUCCAAGGGAUUUGGAUUCGUCACCUUUGAGAGUGCGACUGAAGCCGACCGAGCACGAGAGAAGCUGAAUGGGACGAUUGUAGAGGGGAGAAAGAUUGAGGUCAAUAAUGCUACUGCAAGAGUGGUAACAAAGAAACCACAGACACCUCUAGUCAAUGGUGACAUUUCAACUUCUGGAUGGAAAAUUAACCCUGUCAUGGGAGCAAUGUACGCACCUGAGCUCUACACAGUUGCCAGUUUUCCCUACCCUGUAGCUACUCCGGCCUUGGCCUAUCGAGGUUCUGCUUUGCGAGGUCGAGGUCGAGCCGUUUACAACACGAUUCGUUCUGCUGCGGCCCCACCCACUGCUGUACCUGCCUACCCUGGGGUGGUCUAUCAGGAAGGUCUGUACGGAGCAGAGGUCUACGGUGGUUAUCCAGCAGCAUACAGAGUGGCUCAGUCUGCAGCCUCUGCUGCUACAGCAGCCUACAGUGAUGGCUAUGGACGAGUGUACACUACAGCCGCUGACCCCUAUCACCACUCAGUUGGACCAACCACUACUUAUGGCGUUGGUACAAUGGCCAGUUUGUACAGAGGAGGAUACAACAGAUUCACCCCAUACUGAGUCUCCCUGCAGAGACAGAGGAGAGGGAGGCGGUCGUCCUCCUUGGACUCCCCCUCCAAAUGGACACUGAAAGACAGACUGAAUGGACUGAGGAUGUAAAUACUGUAGGAACCAGAACCAGUCAGUGUUCAGGAAGGAAAACUACUGAAGCAGCAACAGAGGAUGUUAUGUGUUAUACCUAUAUAUAAACAGA